AUGACGGCGGCCGGCGAAGAGGCAGGGGCGCCCUUCUUCGGUUUAGACGGCGCUGGAGCUGGAACCUCGGCGAGCUUCGGAGGGGCUGCGGCCGGCGCAGGGGCGGCAGCACGGACCGGGGCCGGGGCCGGGGAAGGCAAUGUGGGUGGAAUGCUCGGUGGAGGGCUGGCGGGGACCGGCGUGGGCGGAGCAGUCGAGGGAGCCGGGGGCGGCACAGUCGGGGACGAGGCAAGGGGAGCGGUCACAUGGGAGGAGAUGGUGGACGGGUGCGGAGGUGGGAGGGACGGCGAGAACAGGGGAGGAGACGGGUGCGGAGGUGGGAGGGGUAGCGGUCACAUGAGAGGAGACGGGUGCGGAGGUGGGAGGAACAGCGAUCACAGGGGAGGAGACGGGUGCGGAGGUGGGAGGGGAGGCGGUCACAUGGGAGGAGACGGGUGCGGAGGUGGGAGGGGAGGCGGUCACAUGGGAGGAGAUGGGUGCGGAGGCGGGAGGAGAGGUGAUGUGUUUGGUGGACUUGGUGGGUGGUUGGGCGGCGGGGGGUGGGCCGGUGGCGGUAGAUCUGGCGGGGGCAGCGGCGGGGUAGAGGUGGGCGGAGGACUUAGUGGGGGAAGAGGCGGGGGAGAGGGUACUGCGUUUGGUGGGAGGAGCGGCGGGGACGGGGACGGGGACAGCGAGUCUGGUUGGGGCGGGAACAGUGUGUUUGGUGGGAGCGGCAGCAGCAGAGGAAACGGGAGGGACGGCGACGGCGGCGGGGGAUGCAGCCGGCGACGGUGCGACGGCGGAGGAGAGAUGAAGGCAGACGAGGGCGACGGCGAGGGCGGCGUGCCUGCCCAUGCUCGCUCGACCACUCUAGCCGCAGAGAGAGCGAGAGUAAGAGUGGAGCAGGGUGAGAGGGAGGGGGAGUGCGUUAAUAGGUAA